GGCGAGCAGCCUAAUCUUUUGUCCCCUGUGUCCCAGCCCUUCCCGGAAGCGACGUCUUCCUAGAACCGCCGGCUGUGCGGCCGGGCGGGGAGGGGUGCAGGCGAGGGAGUCGGUUCCCUGGUCUGCGGCCGAGGGCCGCUAAAGGAAACACCUUUGACAGAUUUCCAAGAACUUUCCAGGAAAGUGGGGCGGGGCUCCGUGCGCCGACCAAUCGCAGCGCAGGAGGUGGAGCCGAGUGGUCACGCAGGGCCAAUUACAGCGCUUGGACCCGAGGCUGACGUGACCAAGCCGGGUUGAGAGUGACCUAGAGAACAUUAGGGAAAGUCCAGGUUGAAGAGGGCUAGGGAGGUGCAGGUGCUCUACCUACCGGAGCCCAGAUUUCUUUCGGGCACUCCGCUUCGUUGGGAACAGGCCCCCUUAUCUCUCUGUAGAACCGGUGGCAGCACGAGGGCGCGGUCACCGGCCUGUCCGCCCAGCUAGCGGCUCCUCCAAGGCGGUCUGUCUGGUGUGCGGGGGCCCCCUGUGGGCUGCACUUGGACCCCUGGACUCUGUUUCUGGGGAGGUGGGUGGCAAAGGGUGUGGUUUGGAGAGGGACAUUAGGGGAGGGAAGGAGUACAGAGGGAGUACUCAGAUACGCGCAGCUUCACGGGGGUCAAGCCUGCGGCCACCACAGCCAAGAGGAUCCAGGCGAGAACGUUUUCACUGAGAGCUGGGGGAGAAGGCACCAUCCCAACCUUUGCACCAGGCAGGGCCAUCCAGUCUCGGCCCCAGCCUGUCCUCUGCCCGGCCCUCCAAUCAGGGAAGAAAUGACUACCGACUUGAGGGGCAGGCAGGCCCCCAGCUCACCCCACAGGACAGUUCACAUGUGUCUCUGGGUUGGUGGGUUCCCUAAAAAUGUGGGAGAGAGACCUGGAGCUCCAAACACCCAGAGAUAAACUGAAGGUGGGGGGUAACGGUAGAGAGAAGGAUCAGUGACACCCCCUCCCAUCUACAUGGAGCACUUGAUACAUUUGAUUCUCAACAGCUGGUAUUACCCCCAUUAUGCCGAGCCCCAGGGAACAAAAGUCAGAAGCCCAUGCUCCUACCCUUGAUCCUCUCCACCUUUUCCCAGUUCACUGGACUCACCAGGGAACAUCUUGAAAGACCGUAGGGGCUGCACACACCUCCUCUAAGCCCUUGGACCAGAAGGAGAGGGAGAGAAUUGGAGAAGUGGCAGGGUCCACUCCCCCCUUCCAACUUACCGGUGUGUACCCCCAGGUUCCCCAGAAAGAAGGUAAGCUUCAGAUCCCCUAGCAGGGAUGACAGACUCCUGGCAGGGUCCAGAAGCCUAAAUGGCAGUAUCCAGGUUUUCCCAAGGCAGACAGGGCUGAGCUUGCCCUGCCUGGGAGGGGAUGGAAGACAGAGGGGGUCCAAAAGCAAAACCCCGUGAAACAGGACAAAAUGACAAAAUAAACUGGUUAAGAUGAGAAAUGACUUCAGGAAACCCACUUCUCUGUAAAUUUCCUGAAGGGAAGUUGAGCUUCAGUGUUGCCCCACCAGUCCUCCUGAGUAGGCCAGAAGCUGCUUGCAUGGGGUGGAGAUGGGUGUAGAGACCUCAUUGCCACUUCGAUGGCUGGGGCACCUGGAGAGCCCAGCAUGGAGCCCCUGUAUAAGGUGCCGUUCCUCCAGUAGGAACUGUCUACUGCUCCACAUUACUAAUGAAGACAAAGGGGCUUCACAGCUGCCAAGCAACAGAGCUGGAUUUGAACCUUGGUCCCCCUGGCGACAAAUCCCAAGCUCUCUACCCCGAGAUUGCCCUUUCCCUCUAACUGUGAUUACUUUACUGAAUGCUUACUAUGUGCCAGAUGCUCUCAGCAAUUUCCAGCCCCAUUUCAUUGCCUAACUACUACAUAUUGUCCCCUCUUUACAGGUGAUAAAAAUGAGGCAUAGAGAGGGUAAAAUAUACCCUAGAUCUCACAGGCCCAACCCCAUCCCCCACUUCCUCUCUAGGCUCCUAUUAUAAGCCAACUCCUAGACAUCCUUCAGGAUCCAACUUUCAGGUCCUCAGUGAAGCUUCCCUGCCUUCAGGACAGUCAACAUCAGGGCACCACAGGUGUCCCCUUGAAAGCGCCCCCUACAGAAGUCAGUGAUUGUGCAGUUCUGUGUGUAAACUAAAGGACCCAAGGGUUUUGCCCUCCAACUGCCCUUUGUAAAUUUGACAGCACUAUGCACCUCCCCUGAAUACUGGGAAGAGUGGUGUGCCUUUGUUUUACCUGAGGUGCCUGCCUCUGGCCAUCUAAUUGUCACCUCUCCUGCCCUGAUUGCUGGGCCCACACUGCCACCCAGUGGCAAUUCCUCUCAUAGUUUCAUGUGCCACAUCUCCAUGGAUUCUUCCUUCCAGAAAAACCCCUCCCGUGCACCCGAGAUUCUUGCUGCAGGAUCUCUCUGCCCUUCCCCACCCAGAACAGACACAAAAUGGGUCACAAUAAUAUACAGCAGUGCCUUCCUCAAGGUCUGGCUCAUUUAGUCUGUAAACUUUCAUAUGUGCAGCCUCUCCUCUCCCCAAAGAAUAGUCCACAUGUCUACAUGUGUGUGUAUGUGUGUGUGUGUGUGUGUGUGUGUGUGUGUGUUGAGAGAGUGGUUUCAGCUGCCCCACCACCCCACCCAGGCACUCACUGGAUUCCUUGGUCACUGUAAGCUGUUCCAAAGUUCUCAGCCCUCAUCCCCUUGGACAUACAGCUCUCAUGGAGAGCUGUGUGGCAGAGUUUGCCACCAUGUACCCACCUGCCCUGGCCCAGCCAUCCCCAAUACUGAAUCCUCCCAUCAAUUUGCAGGUGGCAGAUGCUUGCUGGAACAUGAGCAGCGAGGGGAAACCAUGCAUUCUGACUCCCCUGGGUCAGCUGCAAAACACAUGUCUAUGAUGAACCCGUGUGGGGAACGUGUGUGUUUGUGUAAGCACUGGCCUUGGUAUGGACACUGCAAGAGGAGAGACAUUGUCAUUCCUUACUUUUUACAUUUCUAUAUGGUUCGAAUUUAUUAUAACAAGCAAGUUUUGCUUAUGCAAUUAAAAUUUUUAAUAAAGAGAGACCAGUUUAAAAAAUACAGAUAGAGUGCGCAGGCCACGUCGGAGCCAAGCCCAGCUGAUCAGCCAUGAUCAUGGAUGUGCAGCUGGCCAUCUUCGCCAACCUGCUUGUCGUUCUCUGUCACUACAUGGCCAUCAACAGUCCCAAGAAGUAGGAAUGAAAGUGGCGCUUUCUCCACCUCAAGUUUCCAGGACAUAGUCUGAGGCAAUAUGGAGCGUGUGAGGGGCCUUCACCCUUCACUUCGUCCCUUCUACCCAUCACAAUAUACAAAGCAACUACACCUGGAUUUGUCGAAACAACUUUUAUUUUCUCAAAGUCUUCCUUAACCCUAUGGCACAAAAAGCUGCCACUGAAUAGGGCCCAGUAUAGGGGCUACUUUCUUUUCUACUCCCUCCCUCCAAUAUAAAAAUAUAGAUUUUUUGUGGUCAAAAAAAAUACAAAAAUGUUAGAACAAUUGUAAUCUAACUCCAUUUUUAGAAAAUAAGAUAGCUCAGAGAUCACAGCACGCAGAGAUGACCUUGGCUACGACAAGUGGCCAGCCUCCACCCUCAGCUCUCUAGACCCCUGCUUAUGAGUGGGGCCUUGCUUGUCCAGAAUGAGAUCUUGCUCAGCUUUGGGUUCACCUGGCUCAAACCAGUCGUCUCCAUAGGAGAAGGAGAAUCCUUCUCUAGUCUCCAAGCCUUCAAGCAGUGGUAGCUUCUGGAUCACAGGGCUUCCUGCAAGGCUCUGAGAUCUUGGAUCAGAUUCUCAGGUGGGGCUCAAGGACAGAGGUCCUGGCUCCAGCUAGGCAUAAAUGUGUGUGUGUUGUGUGCAUGUGUAUGCCUAUGUAUCUCUGUGUGCAUAUGUGCACAUGUGUAAAGGUGUGAUUGCAUGUGUGUGAACAUGUGUGAGAAUGUGUACAUGUGGAUGUGGGAGUGGGGCAGGGAGGCACAGGAGAGGAAGGCAUAGUUUGAGGGUGAGAGCUGGGCCCUGGAGUUGUUCUUUGGGGGUUGGGAUAGGGGCUGUACCAUGGUAGCUACUUACCUCAGGCAGGUCUCUUGACCUCUCAGGGCUUGUCACUCGUGUGUCUGGUGUAGGCUGCACAGGAUUGGUACUGCCUUCCCUCCUCCAGUCCCAGUGCGAUCAUGGGGUGCCCAGAUAGAGCAUCUACCCAGUGUCUGGUCCGAAAGAAGAGCUCAGUACGCUUGGUUGAGGCUGUCAACUGGGCUUCUGCUUUACUGAACCUUCCUAGCUUGAAGGUCGCCUCAAGGAGAGAGGGAAGAGCCCCUCACACCCUCAUCCAGCUCAAUGCCUGCACACAGAGGGUGCCUGUUCUCCUGGAACUUCUGCCCAGUCAUCCACGUGCAUCCACAUGCAUGUGUGUGUUGGGGCUUAAGGGCAGGGAGCUCGCUGGGCCCCAAUUCCGAAGCCAGAAGAUACCUUUGGAUACUUAGGUAUACAGAGGAGUUACCUACGGGUGGGAGAGAGGCUGCGGUUCCUGCAGUCCUGCUAGUGGCCUGUAGAUGGCAGCAGAGGCUCGCACAGGGAUCUUGCCACAAAUCGCAUGUUCCCUGUCCCAAGUGAGCCACCUCUUUCGGGGCUGUGGGGCGAGAGGGAAGUGCAGGAGUAGUGCAGAUUUGUCCAAGGAGACAGCCACACACUCUGCAGCUCUAGACAAGUUGUUUCCUCUAGUGGGUUCUCAGCUUCCUCAUCUGUGAAAUAAGAGUUAACAGUCUGUGAUGGGAAAACCCGUUCGCAAUAUAUAAGGUAAUCUAAGAUGGGCUCAGAGUAGAGACCUAAAUGUGGAAGGGAAAACCACUUAGCUAAUAAAGAAUAUCUGUCACUGUGGUAGGAGGAGGAGACUUUUUAAACAUGACACCAAAAGCUCUAACCAUAAGGUGAAGAGCUGAUGGAUCUGACCAAAGGGGAAUUCAGGAUUUCUGGUCUUAGGACGCUGUAUUCCAAGGGAAUAUGAGCAGGAGAUGCACAGAAGGGUAGAGAUGCCAGUGCUAGAGAGACGCGCAGAGCCACCAGGAGCUAGAGAGACACGAAUCACAACAAAAUUCUAUUUCACUCUUGCGCUGUUGGCAAAAAUUAAGACUUUAGAUACGCUCGCGGUGGGCCACCACUAAGGAAGUUGCAAGCCUUACAGAUUAUACUGGAGGGCCUCCUGGCAGCGUGCAGAGAAAACACCCGACUCAAGGGGCUACCUGAGACUCCAAGAAAAACAAGACUUCCUGUGCUGCCACUUCCUUGGUGGCUGGUAAAAUCCGCGGCUCGCACAGCCCACGCGGAACCCGGCUGCGCUAGCGCUGGGGUCUCCCCGGAGGCUGGCGGAGCCUAGGAGAUUUCUGCACCCUGGAGAAGCCACGCCCCCUAUUUCUGCUUCAGCUCUAGGCGGGCCUCGCCCCGCCCCGCCCCGUCCUGCCAGGGCCCGCCUGGCCCUUUAAGGCUGACCAAGCCCGGCCUCAAGCCGGGGACGCGCGGGGGAGGGGAGCAGUCACGU